AUGGUCUUCACUCCAGAAAUCCUCGACAUCGUUAACGAGUCUCAGACGGCGGACACGGCCAGGAAGUUCGAACUCACAAUCGCCGAGGUGAAUGAGCUUCACCAGAGGGCGACGGCAGCGAAGGCGACGGCCUAUUGCCCAUACAGCCAGUUCCGUGUGGGCUCGACACUCCUUUCCAACGAUGGCCAGUACACCGCCGGGGCCAAUGUUGAGAAUGCCUCCUACCCUGUUGGCACCUGCGCCGAGAGAGUAGCCUUUGGCAAAGCCAUCACGGAGGGCAUUCGAGGAUUCAAAGCCGUGGCCGUGGCCACUGAUAUUGAGGCUCCCUGCAGUCCCUGCGGCAUGUGUCGGCAGUUCAUUCGCGAGUUUGUGGACUUGGAGACGCCCAUCCUCAUGUUCAACAAGGAUGGCAAGUACGUUGUGAUGAGGCUGGAGGAGCUACUCCCACUUUCGUUCGGCCCUGAGUACCUGCCGCCCCCAGAUGUCCUGCAAAAGAGCCGUGCUGGCGGAGUAUGA